AUGGGUAAUGCUUGUGGUAAUUCUCAAUUGACAGUAAGCACUAGCGAUAAUAAGCAGAAGGAAGAGGAAGAAAUGUCUAAUCCUAAAGGUGGUCAACUCUUUCCAAUGGCUAAUUCUCCACAGAGAAGCAGCGCUGGAUCAACAGCCAAUGGUGGUAGAAAAAAGGUCAUCCUAGGCAAAGGUUAUGGAUUAUUAGAUUGGAUUACGUUAGGGACGAAACAUCCAGAUUUAGCUGGGACUGGCGGCAUUAUACGCAAAAUAACCAACGAUGAACUUGCUCGCCAUAAUACUGAAACGGAUGCAUGGACGUGUAUUCGAGGGAAAGUUUAUAAUAUCACUCCUUAUAUGAAGUUCCAUCCUGGUGGUAUCGACGAAUUAAUGAGGAGUGUUGGUUGUGACGGAACAGAUCUAUUCGAUGAAAUUCAUCGCUGGGUCAAUGUUGAAUCGAUGCUCGCAAAGUGCUUAGUAGGUUACAUUAUAGCUGAUGGAGUUGACGGCAAAGAAAAGAAUAAAAAAUCAAACGGAAGCAUGGUUUCCAAAUCUUCGUUAUCUGUGCCGACCCAAUCAAAAGAAAUAUUUGCUGUUCCGCAAAAUAUAAAAAAAUCACCUCCUAUCCCGAGGUACGAUUGGUAUCAAAGUGACAAAUCGAUUACGAUCGUCGUGUAUACUAAGCACAAAGGCUUAACAAAUGAAGAUAUCCUCGUUAAUGUGAAAAAUAAUAGAAAAACCGAUAUAUGGAUUGUACUGGGAGAUAAAAUCCUUCAGUUAUGCUUAGACCUUUUCGAGGAAAUAUGUGAAAGUGAAGUGAAAAUAUCGACAGAGGGCAAUAUUGAAGUGAUACUUUUAAAACAAGAAAUUGGUAAAAAAUGGCUUUCCUUAGGGAAAGAACUGUCAGGACAUCACAAGUUAUUACCAAAAAAUAAUAGAGAAACUUCUUACUUCGAUUGUAAGUUGAUUUCCAAGACUCCUGUUACGCACGAUACUUGGAUUUUUGGCGUAGCCUUACCUAGAGGUUCAUUUAUGCACGUCCCUGUCGGACGUCACCUUAUAAUACAAACUGAAAUGAGUGGCAUGGAGAUUGGCCGCAAUUAUACGCCGGUAGUUUCUUUAAAUCCUGAUGAAGCCGUUAAUAUUUCAGGAAAUGGUCGUGAUAUUUCAUUUAUGAUUAAAGUUUAUAAGGAUGGCGCUUUAACUCCAUUUCUCGGUUCACUUAAAAUAAGUGAGACAAUUAAAAUUAGCGAACACUUGGGAAAUUUUAAAUUUUCACGUCUGGAAUCAAUCGAACAACUUAUUUUAAUAGCUGGCGGAACAGGUUUUACUCCAAUGGUAAAGCUAAUGCGCCAAGUUAAGCUUUUAUUUGGUAAUAAAACGGAAAAGGAUAUCUUGUGGAAAGAUUCUUUAGAGAAUUUGGUUCGAUAUAGCCACGAUAGGUUUCAGGUAUAUCAUACUUUAUCAGCGCCAUCUCCUGAUUGGAAAGGUAAUAACGGUAGGAUUACAAAAGAAGUGCUUCAUAAGCAACUCCCACCACCUCCAGGUGUUACGGAUUUGGACAAACUAUUGAUAUGUGUUUGCGGUCCAACACCUUUUACAAAUAGCAUGGAAACAGCCUUACAAGAACUAGGUUAUCCUUCGGAAACUAUACAUCUGUUUACAUGA